AUGCCUGCUGAGCGUAACACCCGCGCCAGAAAUAACAAUGAAACUUCUAAUCUGGAUCCGUGCCGUUGUCCUUUGGCUCCUAGGCACAACAAUUCUCUGGAGCCUGGUUCCCAAAGAGCGCCAACCCCUUACCCUUCCCACCUCCAAACUUUAGAAGAGUGCUUCACAGCUGGAGUCAUAGAGAUGCCAGUUCCCAGGCGUCCUAUCUUAAGCCUCCCUCCUCAACAAGAAUCUGAUGACUCUUCUUUAGAAUUCCUUGAUGAAGGCGGUUUCCAUUACCCGUUUCCUCCUUUCCUACCAAACGUCACUCGCCGACCCUUCCUCAUUCCAGGACCUCCCGACUCAUCCAACAGUAAUGCUGUUGUCCUACACCAAUUUCCUGGACCCUUGGAAGUGCCUCCGGAAUCAGAAGCCACUUCCGGAUCUUACCACGUUGUUCCUGCACAGGUUUUCCCAGCGUCCUCACCAAUGAAUAUUUCCUCGUCCCCCAACCCUGAUAGUCCUCUCGUUGCAUCCACCGACUCACCCAGUAUGCCACCUCUCGCUUCAGACGUCUCCGACAAUGGUAGCCUCGAUCAUGUCCCCAAUCUACGGCUACUAGCUGAUGUCAGCGACUAUAUCACCGCCACAGAAGGAUAUAGCAGCGACCCACAGGAAUUCGUGGUCUACAGCGAUGACGUUAUCCGGCGACCCUCCCUUGAUGUCACACAAUCCUGGCGAUCCAUUCCCUUCGACACCUCCACUCCUAUCCAGGAUGCUGAUCCUUUGGAACGCGUACUCCCUCGUUUCCCUGGGGCCUAUGCAACCACAGUCACUCGACCUCCUAUGGGUGUUCCCAUCAAUGGAAAUCCGGCCUUCGGACUACGCCGCGUAUCAACUACUCCAGCAGAUGUACUUUGA